GCGGAAGGUACAGUUGCUCUUCUCUAAUGUUGGUUCCUUAUUCUAUGGUGCAGUUGUGCUGUCUGUAUUGUAUGGUGCUGUGUGCUGUUGUGAAACAUCAUUGGCCAUGUCGGUAUUGUUGCUGGAGCCGUUCUAUGGUGGCUCGCACCGCCAGCUGAUGGAUCUGUUAAGCGUGGAGUUGGGACCGGAGGGAUGCCGUUUGGUCACGCUGCCAGCCAACAAGUGGCACUGGCGCGCACGCACGGCAGCCCUGUGGCUAGCCGAACGCAUCGAACCGUCAAGUGGCUACCGUGUGCUUAUGGCCAGCGGCACGCUCAACCUGGCCGAGCUGCUGGGCUUGCGGCCAGACCUCUUGCCGCUGCGCAAAUUGCUCUACAUGCACGAGAACCAGCUCGCCUACCCAUUGCAGAAAGAGAAGCAGCGUGAUUACCAGUACGGCUACAACCAGGUGGCGUCGUGUGAAGCAAGCGAGAUGUACUUCCGCUUCGUCUGCUUGUUCCCACGGUCGUGCAGUCACGUGCAUAGCUUGGUAGCUGAUGUGGUGCUGUUCAACUCAGACUUUAACCGGGAUUCGUUCCUGUCAGCCGUGGAGCCAUUCCUGAACCGCGUGCCAGGUGCAGGCCGCCUGGGGCCCCUGCGGUGCCGCUUGGAGACCAAGGCACGAGUGCUGCCCUUUCCGGUGGACGUGCCACCAUGGGCCCCAUCGCCGUGCAGAGACCCUGCAGCGCCCUUGCAUAUAGUCUGGCCUCACCGGUGGGAGCAUGACAAGGGUCCUGAAGAGUUUGUGCAAGCACUACUUGAACUGCACCGACUGGGCAUGUGCUUCCAUGUGUCCUUCCUGGGACAGAAGUUUGACGAGCUGCCUUGCCGUUCUCCAUUACCGUGUCCUGCAGCAUCCUUGGUCGGAGUCCGGGAGCAGCUGGGAGACCGCAUCCGGCAGUGGGGCCCCCUGCCGGACCGAGAGCAAUACCUGGCCCUGCUACGCGAGGCUGAUGUGGUGGUCUCGACGGCUCACCACGAGUUCUAUGGCGUUGCCAUGUUGGAAGCAAGCCUGCUCGGCUGCUACCCACUGUGCCCAAAUCGGCUGGUCUACCCAGAGAUCUAUCCUCCAUGCUGUCGCUACAACACGUGGCGUCAGCUGGUCAAGCGGCUACGCAGCUUCUGCCUACGACCCGAGGCUGCCCGAAGGAUGGCCCCCAAGCUGGAUCGCAGCCGUUUUAGUUGGGAGUCACUGCGACCAUGCUAUCGGGAACUGCUGCUGCUACCACCUGAGGGGUCCAGCUGCUGAUCAUGCUGACCUUUGGCCAUGUCAUGUGACCUGUGUUGAUGAUUUGGGAAGAACGGUGCCAUCGUGGUGACCUCGUCGUACAAAGAAACACAAUUGUAAAACCCAAUAAAGCACACUGUCAAAGA